AUGGGGCAGCGUCCAGCCCUAGGUGAAUGUCUUGCAGCGUUCUCGGGGGCGUUCCCUGUGGCCUUCCUGGAACCUGAGCUCAACAAGUUCAACAACUACUCCAUCUAUAUUACCAAGGGCUCCCAGGACAGAACAGCUCUAGACCUGCCCUCCCAGGUAGGAGAGAUGUGUCCAGUCAUCCCGUCCCUGGAGAAGUCUCUGGAGGAGAUCAUGGAUCUGGCUGAGUCAGGCCUGCACUACACACAGAUGCCUCACGUUAUGGAGGUGGUGCUGCCCAUGCUAUGCAGCUACAUGUCUCACUGGUGGGAGCACGGCCCAGAAAACAACCCUCCAGAGACUGCAGACAGCUGCUGUACUCACCUCACCUCAGACCACAUGAAUAGUCUCCUGGGUAACAUCCUGAAGAUCAUCUAUAAUAACCUGGGGAUCGACGAGGGGGCCUGGAUGAAACGACUCGCAGUGUUCUCUCAGCCAAUCAUUGGUAAGGCGAAGGGGGGGCUGUUGAAGAGCCACUUCCUGCCGCUGAUGGAGAAGUUGAGGAAGAAGGCUGCCACCGUGCUGAUGGAUGAGGAACAAAUGAAGGCCGAGGGACGAGGGGAGAUGUCUGAGGCUGAACUACUCAUCCUGGAUGAGUUCACCAUCCUGAUCAGAGACCUCUAUGCCUUUUAUCCGCUCCUCAUCCGCUUUGUAGACUACAACAGGGCCAAAUGGCUGAAAGAAUCGAACCCUGAGGCUGAGGAGCUCUUCCGCAUGGUAGCAGAGGUCUUCAUAUUCUGGUCAAAGUCUCAUAAUUUUAAACGGGAGGAGCAAAACUUUGUGGUUCAGAAUGAGAUCAACAAUAUGUCCUUCCUCAUCACAGACACCAAGUCAAAGAUGUCCAAGGGAGCCGUGUCCGACCAGGAGAGGAAGAAGAUGAAGAGGAAGGGUGAUCGCUACUCCAUGCAGACCAGCCUCAUCGUAGCAGCGUUGAAGAGACUACUUCCUGUAGGACUGAAUAUCUGCGCUCCGGGAGACCAGGAACUGAUCGCUCUGGCCAAGAUCCGCUUCAGUCAGAAAGAUACAGAGGACGAGGUGCGGGAGAUCAUCAGAAACAACCUGCACCUGCAGGGAAAGCUGGAGGACCCUGCUAUCCGCUGGCAGAUGGCUCUGUAUAAAGACCUUCCCAACAGGAGUGAGGACACGUCAGACCCAGAGAAGACUGUAGAGAGAGUCCUGGACAUCGCUCACGUCCUCUUCUAUCUAGACCAGGUGGAACAUCCACAAAGGAGUAAGAAGGCUGUGUGGCACAAGCUGCUCUCUAAACAGAGGAAGAGGGCUGUGGUGGCCUGUUUCAGAAUGGCUCCGUUGUAUAACUUACCCAGGCACCGGGCGGUCAACCUGUUUCUACAGGGAUAUGAGAAGUCCUGGAUUGAGACUGAGGAGCAUUACUUUGAGGAUAAGCUCAUAGAGGACCUGGCUAGACCGGGAGGAGAGGAGCCUCCUGAAGAAGAUGAGGGAGCCAAGAGGAUCGACCCUCUUCAUCAGCUCAUACAGUUAUUCAGUAGGACGGCCCUGACUGAGAAGUGUAAACUGGAAGAGGAUAUUCUCUACAUGGCCUAUGCUGACAUUAUGGCUAAGAGCUGUCAUGAUGAAGAGGAUGAGGAUGGAGAGGAGGUGAAGAGUUUUGAAGAAAAAGAGAUGGAGAAACAGAAGCUGUUAUAUCAGCAGGCCAGGUUACACGACCGAGGUGCUGCGGAGAUGGUGCUGCAGACUAUCAGCGCCAGCAAAGGUGAGAUGGGUCCCAUGGUGGCCUCUACUCUGAAGCUGGGGAUCGCUGUCCUCAAUGGAGGCAACUCUACUGUUCAGCAGAAAAUGCUGGACUACCUGAAAGACAAGAAGGAUGUGGGCUUCUUCCAGAGUCUGGCUGGUCUGAUGCAGUCAUGCAGUGUUCUAGACCUGAAUGCGUUUGAGCGGCAGAAUAAAGCAGAGGGACUGGGAAUGGUAACAGAGGAGGGAUCAGGUACAUACUAACUACUGACAGGUAGAAACAUUAUGGACCUGUUAUUAAAGGUAAUAUCUUACUGU